AUGUCGCCUUCGCUCAAUGGCCUUGGCCUGGCUUCACCGGGCCCCUCCGACGCGGAUUUAGCAGACUUUACCAGACGCUUCGACCAAUUUCAGCUGUACGAGGAUGAAAAGGCCAAGUUCAUGACCUUUGGUGACGACUUCCUCCGCGAAGGAGAGCAAGGUGGCCGCCGGGCUGCUGUCCAACUGUUCGCAAAUAUCCACGAGUAUAUCGAGAACGAGUGUCAGGAUAUCCCCUUCGGUUAUCGUGUCGUCUGCCGCAUCUAUGCGAACGUUCGGGGGCUCGGCGACGUGCUUGUGCGCAGGGGAAUCUAUGAAGACAUUAUCGAGUUCGAGGACUUCGUGCGUGGAUUCACGCGGGGAAAGACACUGUUCGAUUUUAUCGACGUCGGUGCGGGAAAAGAUCGCGCCGACGAGAAGAUCAUUGGUGAGUACAUUGCCUGUCAUCCCUUUGGCAUAUACUGA